GCCGCUCGUGUUAAUACUUAGACAGCAGUAUUUCAAAAAUCAAAUUUUCAUAACAGCACUUACUAAGAUGAACACAGAGUUAUUAAAAUGUUUUGCCCCUAUUCACAACGUGUUACUGUUUUUGGGAUCUUCAAGAUUAAAAAUUAAAAACAAUAUGAUUGCACCAUCGACUCGCUACCAGAAACUUUACGCAUUGUGCUGCAUCUUCGUAGUAACAUUAUCUUUUUCUUACAUACAGUUGUAUUACUACUUGACUUAUUACCACGAAGAUACGACAAUCUACGUCUGCUACGCUAUCGGGAUUGUGGUGCAAAACGUUUCAUACCUAUCCCAUACGAUUUUUGCAAGAUUUCUUGACGUAGAAUCGUCAGUGAAGUUGUGUCAAAAUCUACAAAAAGUCGACAAUAUCUUAAGGUUGAAACAAUUUAAAAGAUAUAAUGAACAACAAUAUUAUUGGAACGUAGUCGUCCUAGUGUUCAUUAUAACGUCGUUUGAAUGUGGAUUUCUGGUUCAUAUUUGGUACACCGUUGAGUAUCCUAUUUUGGCGUUCUUUGCAGGAAUAGGUCUGCUAAAUGUGUAUAUGGAAUUAGUUCUAGCUGCAAGUUUGAUUGUUUACCUUGCUAUACGACUAAAAUUCCUGAACAAAAUUGCACAUCAUAAUUUAAAAAUCAAGGGUUAUUACAACAACACCCGUGCAGCUAUCGCAGUCGAUGAACAUUUACUUAUUAAUUCAGAUGUUAAGGAUGCAAAUAUAGAUUUGGGAAAUUUUCUGAUAUGCAUGAAGGAGAUAUUGAAGAUGUACCAACAUAUUACGCAGGUUUUCAGUUUUCCGGUCCUCAACAUUGCAACUACUGUAUUUAUUUGGACACUAUUGGUAAUGCUCACCGUGGUAGUUGGAUUCUGUACCAAGCCUCUAUCGUUGGUUAUGAUAAUAACGGUUAGUCUAUUGUGCGUAUUUUACUUGGCACUAUUGACGAUGGUGGCGUUAGUCAGCGACUAUUUCAUCAAACAAGUAAGGAAAACGAAGCUUUACUGUAUUCACGCGAUGUCUCGCCGAUUUGAAGGUCCUAUUUGGAAGGGAGCCAAUGAAAUACUCAAGACGAUAGACUUCUAUCAACCAUCUUUCUCAGUCUUUGGUAUUUUCAUACUGAAUAAAACACUGCCGCUAACUAUAAUAGGCUUAAUUACUACAAAUCUUGCGAUCUUGAUACAAUUCACUAUGCAAGUGUAAUGGCAAAAAUAAACGCUAGUUAUAAAGUAACAAUAUUUAAUGACUUACUACAGUCGUUAAAAUGUACUUGUAAAUAAUUACAUCAACAACCAAGCACUAGAUACAUAAUUCUCACAUAGAAUGUAUAACAAGUUGUAAAAAAUAUAUUAUUUAUAAAUAAAUAUAUAAUAUAAUGUUCGCAGAACAUUUCUGUCGGAUUAAUAUUUUAGGGUAAGAAUAUCCAGUAGAUAUGUAUAUCACGAAAGUAUUUUUGAUCACAUUAUGAGGUCUUAUCUGGCGAAUUAGUUCAUAUUCUUGUUCAACAAAUACAAUAAAAAUAUAUGGAAAAAGAUCGGCAGUUAACCUCGAUAAAAAUGCAAGCCUUGAGAAAACAUAAGGCACUAAAAUUCAGUCUACUUUUCUGAACUACUUUUAAAUC